AUGAUCUUCAACAUCCCCCUCCCCACCACCUUUGGCGAACCCAUUCCCACGGUUCCCAGCAAGCCCAUCCCCACCGUGCCCAGCAAGCCCGUUCCCAGCAAGCCCGGCAACAAGCCUGAGCCCGAGGACGUCUUCGCCCCCUACACCUUCGGCGAGCCCAUUCCCACGGUUCCCAGCAAGCCCAUCCCCACCGUCCCUAGCAAGCCGGUUCCCAGCAAGCCCGGUAACAAGCCCGAGGAGUACGAGUUCGACGGUCUCGUCCCCUUCCAUACCUUCGGCGAGCCCAUCCCGACGGUUCCCAGCAAGCCCAUUCCCACCGUUCCUAGCAAGCCCGUUCCCACCAAGCCCGGUAACAAGCCUACGGAUGAGGACACGGAUCUUGAGGAUGAGUACUAA